AUGAAAUCGCUAGAAAUACCCAAAGAUGCGAAAUUUGUAUCAUUUGAUGUUAAGGAUCUUUACCCAUCGAUACCAACGGCAGAAACAGUUACCAUCUUGACUAAAACUUUGAUAGAAAAAACAGACAAGAACGUAGCAACGGAAAUCGUGAACACACUGAGGGUAACACUAGACCAAAACUACUUCAAGUUUAAUAACAAAAUAUAUAGACAAACUAACGGGCUAGGUAUGGGUAAUCCCACAUCUGCAAUUUUAAUUGAAGUAUUCAUGCAACAUUUAGAUGAAAAGUAUAUGACGGAGCUGACAACAAGCCGGGGAGUAAAGUUCUACGCAAGAUACGUCGAUGACAUCAUAUGUCUUGUAACGGGAGACAAGGAAGAACAAAUUCAAGGCUAUCUCAACGACCAACACACGAAUAUAAAUUUCACUAUGGAUAAGGAAAACGAAGGUAAAAUAAACUAUUUGGACAUAACAAUUAAAAUAAAUAAGGUUACCAACAAAUGCGAAUUCGGGAUAUAUAGAAAGCCCACGGCCACAGACACGAUAAUACACAAUACUUCAAACCACCCUCAACAGCACAAGCCUUUAGACAUCUAA